UUCUAUGGGAUUCCCAAUCUGCAGCAGAGACUUACCGGAGCGUGCUGCAGCGACUGCUGGGCUUGCAAGGCGCGAUCCAAGAGGGAUUUAAGCACUCUAGAGCUCCACAGAAAAAAAGAGCGUGAGAGAACCAUACACGGAAACGGCUUAAACCGUUUAUCCGAAUUAAAUAUAUAUACAUAUAUUUAUUUACAAAGAACUGUUGAGUUUUAUCAUUUUCGCUAAGUGACCGUGAGCAGCGCUAUAACAGCAGAAUGGGGAAACAGAAUAGCAAACUGGCCCCCGAAGUGAUGGAGGACCUGGUGAAGAGCACAGAGUUCAAUGAACAUGAGCUCAAGCAGUGGUACAAAGGGUUUCUCAAGGACUGUCCAAGUGGGAGACUGAAUCUCGAGGAAUUUCAGCAGCUCUACGUGAAGUUCUUCCCGUAUGGAGACGCCUCCAAGUUCGCCCAGCACGCCUUCCGGACCUUCGACAAGAACGGGGACGGCACCAUCGACUUCCGAGAGUUCAUCUGCGCGCUCUCCAUCACCUCCAGGGGCAGCUUUGAGCAGAAGCUGAACUGGGCCUUCAACAUGUACGACCUGGAUGGCGACGGCAAGAUCACCCGCGUGGAGAUGCUGGAGAUCAUUGAGGCUAUCUACAAAAUGGUGGGCACCGUGAUCAUGAUGAAAAUGAAUGAGGAUGGCCUCACGCCUGAGCAGCGAGUAGACAAGAUUUUCAGCAAGAUGGAUAAGAACAAAGACGACCAGAUCACACUGGAUGAAUUCAAAGAAGCUGCAAAGAGCGACCCUUCCAUCGUAUUACUUCUGCAGUGCGACAUUCAGAAAUGAGCAGAGGUCAACGCUAUGGACUGCACAAAAGUCUCAAUGUUCCAUUCAGUCUGCAGCUAUUAACACACACACACACAUACACACACACACACACACACACACACAUAAACACACACACACACACACACAUACACACACACACACACAAAUAUUGCUUGGACUACCUAUAAAUGGACUUGCUUCUUGUGUUUGAAACACUUGUGUGCAUGAGAAUGUCAUUUGCUAAUGAAUUUUAAAAGCAUAUAUUAUAAAACAAACAACCUGCCACAAUGUGAUAUGUGUGAUAUCAUUUCAUUAAAAAAAAAAACCUUCCUCCUCCAAAGCCUGGGCAGAAAUGUGCUGCAAAGAGUUAUAUGAUUUCUUGUUCAUGUUUUGCUAAUGCUCGUGUCUCCUUGAUUACAUAAUGUUAGUAGCACUGAAACCCUCAUGGUAAUGUAACUGAAUUACAAGCUGUGUCACCAUUCUCCUGUAAAAUAGUACUGGACAGACACCCAGAGAGGCCCUUGACUCCUCUGUGUGGUCCACACACAAGAGCUUGUAUUAUCAGUGAAUAUAAAUGUACGAAAUUUGCAUGCCUUUUAGGUUUGCCUUAAUUCUUACCUCAUUUGCAUCCUAUGAAUCUGGAAAGAGCUGUGUUGGAAUUAAUGCAGUAUAAAACUUAAAAACACUGCUAAAUGACUCAUUAAUUAAAUAUAUCUAUCUAUAUAUACAUAUACUCAAAGAUAUUAUUUAUUGAAAGUAAAAAAAAAGAUGUAUGUGUAUUGAUUUUGCUUGAAUUUUCAAAGGCUUCCAAAGAGGUGGCAAUAGAUGUCCCAAAUAAAUUUAUAACAUUUGACUUUUUCCCUCAGUUCUUAUCUCAGAAUUUUAA